CUCCUCCCCACGUAGCCACUACGCUUUUAAGCUUUGGCUUCGCUCUCUGCCUCUUCGCCCUCUACAAGCCAUGCCUCCUAAGAAGAACGCUAAAAAGGAAGCUAAACCCAAGAAAGACCCUCUGAAGAAAGCUGCAAAUGCGACCUUUGGUCUAAAAAAUAAAAACCGCUCGACCAAGGUUCAGGCGAAAAUCCGUCAGAUCGAGGAAAACGCAAAGAACUCUGGCAGAGACAAGCGUGCUGAGGCAUUGCAAAAGCGCCGGGAGGAGGAGAAACGCGCUGCAGAGCAAGCAAAGGCUGAGGUGGCAGCUUUAUUCAAGCCUGUUCCCAAAAAGAAGCCUGUUCAAAAUGCCAACAUCACUCGGUUCGAGGAUGUGAAGGAGUCUCAACGCAUUGACUUGUACCGGGACGUUCGUGAUGAUACUAGCAAACUGCCUCCAGAGAAGCGGCCCUGGACGGGGACGGACAUUGUCUGCAUGUUCUUUUUGGAAGCCGCCGAGACUGGCAAGUACGGCUGGCUGUGGCAGUGUCCCAACGGUAACGACACCUGUAUAUAUCGACACGCUCUCCCACAGGGCUACAUCUUGCAGAAGGACCGCAAAAAGGGCAAGGACGACAAGAGCAACCAGAUCAGUCUCGAGGAAUUCAUUGAGAUCGAGCGUCACCGGCUCGGAGAGAAGCAGACUCCUCUUACCGAGGAAGUGUUCGCCGAGUGGAAGAAGAAACGGUUGGCUCAGCGUGAAGCUGAGGCUGCGAAGGGCAAAGAGAAGGACUCGCGGCCUGUUGGCAAGAGUGCUCUCACUGGACGUGAGUACUUCGAGCGCAACAAGGACGCCAUUACACAAUCAGACGCUACUGCAGAUGAAGAGAACUGGGACUUUACUGCUCUUCGUCGCGAGACAGAAGCGCUGGAGGCUGCUGCUGAAAAUCAAGACGACUCGGGCGAGCUGAAGCCCGAGGCACAACCGGAGCAAACGGAGCAAUCGGAGCAAACGGAGGAGACUACUGUAGCUGCUGCUGCCUAAUUAGAAUUUGUUUUUUUUUUGUUCCACC